UGCUGGCGCCGCUGCUUUUUCCAGCGGAAGAGCCGCACCCCCGCGCCGUGGGUUGCCGCUGCCCGUCACCUGUCUGUGCGGGACCCAGGAAAUCAACUCAAGAAAAUGAAGCCUAAUAAAGAGAAGACCUGCACUAGGGAGAGAGACUAUGUGUACAAAUUUAGUGCUGGAAAUCAACACUUGGUGCUUACUGUGCCUCUCAGAUUCCCUGUGCAAGAGAAUAUUAGUCAUUUGCACGGACGCCUAAUGCUUCUGCACAACCUACCAUGUUUUAUAGAAAGUGACCUGAAGCAAUCUCUUGAUAAGUUCAUAGAAGAGGAAACUAUAAAAGAUUAUGAUACAGAAGCUGAAAUGGCUCUGGAAGCAGUGAAGUCAGGAAAAGUGGACAUAAACCAGCUGGCAGAUUCUUGGGCUAAAGCUUAUAAAGAGACAACGUUAGAAUAUGCAAAACCUGAAGAACCAAGCUGGGAUGAAGAUUUUGCAGAUGUUUAUCAUGAUCUGAUACAUUCUUCAGCUUCUGAAAUGCUGUUAAACCUGGAACACAAUUACUUUGUUAGCAUCUCAGAAUUAAUAAGUGAAAGAGAUGUGGAAUUGAAAAAACUACAGGAAAGACAAGGAGCUGAAAUGGAUAAGGUGAUGCAGGAACUAGGGAAGUCUCUAACAGACCAAGAUGUAAAUUCAUUAGCAGCUCAGCACUUUGAAUCUCAGCAGGAUUUGGAAAACAAAUGGACCAAUGAAUUGAAACAGUCUACUGCUAUCCAGAAGCAGGAAUACCAGGAAUGGGUGAUAAAGCUUCAUCAGGACCUAAAGAAUCCCAACAACAGCUCAAUCAGUGAUGAAAUUAAGGUUCAGCCCAGCCAACUGAGGGAAUCUGUAGAAGGAAAUGGAAGAAUUUUUGAAGAUCAAAGACUGUUAGAAGAAAGUUUUACUAUUCACUUGGGAGCUCAGUUGAAGACCAUGCAUAACCUGAGGCUACUGAGAGCUGACAUGCUGGAUUUCUGUAAACACAAGCGCAAUCAUCGCAGUGGAGUAAAGCUUCACAGGCUUCAAACCGCAAUGUCUCUCUACUCAACUUCUCUCUGUGGCCUGGUUUUGUUGGUGGAUAACCGAAUCAGUUCAUACAGUGGCAUCAAAAGAGAUUUUGCAACUGUUUGCCAAGAAUGCACAGAUUUCCAUUUUCCUGGAAUUCAAGAACAGCUCGAAAUUGUCCAGAAGGUUGUACUUAAGGCCAGAGCACAGCGUAGCAGUAAGUCGAAAAGACACCAUGAAAACAAAAGCAGUGGAAAUGAAGAUAAAUUAAAGAAUGCUGAAAGAAACCAGUCAAAUAUUUUGCCAGGAGAAUUCUACAUCACACGCCAUUCAAACCUGUCUGAAAUCCACGUUGCUUUCCACCUCUGUGUGGAUGAUAAUGUAAGAUCUGGGAAUGUAACUGCUCGAGAUCCAGCCAUCAUGGGACUCAGGAACAUCCUCAAAGUUUGCUGCACACAUGACAUCACUACCAUCAGUAUUCCUCUUCUACUGGUGCAUGAUAUGUCAGAAGAAAUGACGAUUCCAUGGUGCUUGAAGAGGGCAGAGCUUGUGUUCAAGUGUGUUAAAGGUUUCAUGAUGGAAAUGGCCUCGUGGGAUGGAGGAAUUUCUCGGACUGUGCAAUUCUUGGUACCACAGACAAUUUCUGAGGAAAUGUUUUACCAGCUGAGUAAUAUGCUUCCACAAAUCUUCAGAGUGUCCUCUACACUGACUCUGACCUCUAAGCACUGAAGUUUGUGCAGCAGCAGCAAGAUUCAUCCCCGUGACAAAGGAUGAGAUUACAGAGAUAGUGAACUGGAAUGUCUCUUUUCUGAGAGAUGAUGACCCUGAAGUGAUACUUGUGGCAAUUGCAAGAAUCAUGUUGUUACCAUCAUAAAAGACAAACAAGUUGAUUUUUGCCUCUUGCUUUGUUUCAGCAAAGUAUUUGUGUUGAAUUCCUCAACCUUUAUCUGAAGGAUGUUCAGUGUAACUUAUGUAUGCAAUCUACAGAGGUAUGUAGGUGAUCCUCAUACUUAAGCAGCAGGAGUAAGAGCUUAGGGUGGGAAUAAAAGCUGAGUGAGCUUCAGGUUGUUGACUUUUAAACCUAUUGUCUGAGUUUGCUCAGUGACAUGUCAAAAAUUAUGAACUUGGAGUAUCUUGGCUAUAAUUUGUCCCAGAUGUCUUUCCAGCAUCACAGUCACCACUAAAUAAAGUGCAUUAAUGCUUCAUUUUAGUGUUUAAAAAAUGAAAGACAUGAAACAAGCAUUGAACCUGCUGCAUUUUGUAAAUCUUGGAAAUGUAUUUAUACAAAAUCAAUCAAAAUUA